CUUCUUCCUCCCGACCCCCCUACAACCCAACAAGCCUCCCCCAAGCUGCCGACCGCCCUCUCUUCAAGAAAAUUGGCAAAAGCUUAAGUUUUUCCCUUGCUUUCUUGUCUAAGAACAAGAAUUAGGACCUAGAAGCCUCUUGAAGCAAGAAAAAUCCCAGAUCUAGCUGCCUUCCUCCUCCCCUACCGUCGGUUUCAGCUUGGUGUGGGUGUGAAUUUCUCGGUUUUUGGUUGCCGUGAGUUCCUCCAUUUCUUCUUCCCGUCGGCUUCCUUCCUAGCCGGACUCGGUGCUACUUGUCGGAAGAUUUUGGGAAGCGAAGUCAAGGACAGGGAAAAAUGAGGGGAGCAACGAGUUAGAAGGCUAGCCAUUUUGUAAAUUGAACAUGGAUUUUAGAUAUAAAUCAUGAUCUUGUAAGCUAGUUUUUAUUUGGAGAUUUUAUGAUAUCAGGGCAAAUUUUAGAAGUCUAUCUUUAGAUUUUGUGGUAUCAGAUUGUGGUAUGAUAAGUUUUGAACUUUGUGCAUUUGUGGGAUCCUCUCACAAGUGUACGGCGUCUGCCACGUCCUUGCAUUUGAGUUCUAGGGCGUGACACCAUAUUUAUAAUUUUAUGAUAAUUUAGACUUUUGAGAAAGAGAGUGUCAGCAUUUUUUUGGUUUCUCACAAAGACUAUUUAAUUUUAUUUUAUGUGUAGGGUCAAGGAUAAGCUGCAAUCAUCGAUUUGCUGUUUCCGUAUGACGAAUCACAACGAGGCAGCGACGAUAGACCUGGACGAGUUAAAGCCGAGGACGUUGAGGUCGCCGUACAGUUGGCUGAAAUCGAUAGCGCAUGAACUGGAGAUCAAGGACCGGUGCAAGAAUCUAAUCGCCAGAAUUAGGAAGCAAGGAGGUCCUAAGCAGCAUAGUUCGUCCGAUUUUAGCUACGAUCCUCUUAGCUAUGGAUGAACUUCGCGGACAAAGUGAGCCGGGCAGACGAGAUGCCGGUUAUUAGCUUCUCAUCCCGACCGUGUGCCUCGCUGGAGCAGAUCAUUGAGACCAAUUGCAAAAAUGAGUCUUCAAUGUUGGCAACGAGGGACAUCAUUUUGUACAGCUGACGGCUGACAGAUUCAUUCGGUUUAUUCAACUAAUAAAAAAAAAAUUCAGAA